UGCUGAUUCCGGCCACCCUGCCUCCCCGCUGCGACAUGCCUCCCUCGAGUGCCAUCUGCCGCCGCCAACUGCCUUCAUAUGAGGUCGUGAAGACUUCUGAACAAAGACAAAAAUUCGGGACAAGUGGCUGGAGCGAUCAUACCUGUCUGCCGCUGCCACACGCUGUCAACACACCUGGCACCGAUCCGGGACAGAUGCUGCUCGCUUACCUGAUGGGAAAAUGUGUCUUCUCUUUCGCCAGGAGUGACGGAAAGAAAGAAACAAGUGGAGAAGGAAGCGAUGGCCAGCUCUCAUGUCGCUCGAGAGAGGAAGGAAUGUGGGUUUUUGUGAGGCAAUAAAGAGAACAAUAUUAAUAACAAAAAAUA